GACCAAUCCGCUUCCAACCGGAAGUUGAAUCGUACUUCCUCUCUUAGUUCGCUUGUUUUUCCUCCUCCCGUACGAAAGGUAGAACACAUUGCGCAUCAUUCUUCGAGGUUAAUUCUUUACUACAGCAACAUGAAGAACAACGCCACGGUGCCCGCCUUCCUGACCAAGCUGUGGACGCUGGUAGAGGAUGAGGACAGCGACGGGCUGAUCCGCUGGAGCCAGGAGGGUAACAGUUUCCUUGUGUUGGAUGAGCAGCGUUUCGCCAAAGAGACCCUCCCAAGGUUCUUCAAGCACAACAACAUGGCCAGCUUCAUCAGACAACUCAACAUGUACGGGUUCCGUAAAGUCAUGCACAUUGACACCGGUGUGGUGAAGCAGGAGAGAGACGGGCCGGUGGAGUUCCAACACCCCUACUUCAAACACGGACAGGACGACCUGCUGGAGAACAUCAAGAGGAAGGUUUCCAACACUCGUCCAGAAGAGAGUAAAAUCAGACAGGAGGAUCUGAGUAAGAUCCUGGCCAGUGUGCAGAAUGUCCACGGCAAACAAGAAACUAUGGACAGCCGACUCUCUGCGUUGAAAAGGGAGAAUGAGGCACUAUGGCAGGAGAUCUCCGACCUAAGACAGAAACAUGUCCACCAACAACAACUGAUCAAAAAGUUGAUACAUUUCAUUGUAACUUUGGUACAGAACAACCGAAUUAUUAAUUUAAAGCGUAAAAGGCCAAUCCUUAUGAACGCCAGUGGAAAGAAGCCGAAAUACAUCCAUCAGAUCUAUGAUGACAAUUCACCGGUCAACAGCCUCAAUGAGAUCUCUGAAGACGUCAUCAUCUGUGAUGUCACUGAUGAGGAGGCAGAAGGGCCCGCCAGAGUCCUCGAGCAAUGCGAUGGGAACACGACGGAGUUGGACUUUGACUGCUGCACUGUCCUGCCCGCCGAGACGGAGGUGAGCACCAGCUCCAGAGACGAGCUUCCCCCCCCCUCGGGGGUGGAGGAGGAGGAGGAGGAGGAGGAAGAGGAGGAGGGACAGAGGUGCUGGGCCAGCAGCAGCAGUGCCCUGCAGCUCAACAAACCGUCGCCGAGCCUGUCCAUGGAGGACCCUAUGAAGAUGAUGGACUCCAUCCUGAAGGAGAGCGGGGCCGUCUCCCAGAACAUCAACCUGCUGGGGAAGCUGGAGCUUAUGGACUACCUGGACAGCAUCGACUGCAGUCUGGAGGACUUCACGGCCAUGUUCUACGGAAAGCACUUCAGCAUUGACCCUGACCCCCUGGAGGAGACUGCAACAGUUAAAGAACCCCCAGAAGAGCUGAACAGAGGCAAAGACGGGCUCAGCAGUACAACCCACCAGUUGAUCCAGUACACCUCCUCCCCUCUGCUGGCCUUCCUGGACGGCUGCGGCCCCAGCAGCGAGCUUGAGCUUGGCGGGGGCUUCCAGUCGUCCCUGACCUCGGUCCAGGCCGAGCCCCCCACAGACAUCCUGGAGGCCUCGCCGACCCCCUCCCCCCCCAGUGCCACGGUGCGCCUGGAGCCCCUGACAGAGGCGGAGGCCAGCCAGACGUCUCUGUUCUACCUGUGUGAACUGCCCCCCGCCAGCCCCCUGCUGGACGCCGUCUGACUGGAGGGGGCCCCGGGGACCCCACAGGGGCCGCCGCCGGCCAGACCGCUUCCACCAGCAGGCCCCCCGACCAGCGUGGUGGAGGAAGUAUAGAGCCAGAGGGGCUCCCGUCUCUCAGGUCCCCAGGGGACGUCUGGGCAUUCCUGCUUCGGUUUGAGGUCCGUCGUUAUGGUGUGAGGCCUGGUUCACUAGGCUGAGGACACAGUCCAACCGUUGGCAUGGCAAUCAGAAUAGAGUUUGGCCAUGAGACGGCCUCCCCAGGUAACGUUUGAAAACUCAUUUUAAUAUAUUUAAUGUUUUUUUUCCCGCUCUUUUAUUUUUUCUGAUUGUUGUGUUCCUUAAAUGUGGUACAAGGAAAGUCAACCCUCUGUGCUGUUAUUUUUUUUACUGUGUAUUAAUAUGAUUGUUGUCCCGAUCCGGUCGAAGCCCCUUAGCGAGACGCUCAGCAUGGAAGUGGAAGCUUGAGUCUUUGGGCAAAUAUUUUCAAAAGGUUGAAAAUUGAGCUGCGAGUCUGAAGUGAGUCUGGGAGGACGUGUGGAGACGACUCACUGGUUCAUGGUGAAGACUGGUCCCUGUGGUGUGCUCUGCGGGGACCAGCACUGGUCCUAGUCUAGUGUCAUGUCUGUAUUACUGUUAGGUUUCCUCCUUUGUCUGUAACAGGGAAAUGUCUACUGUAAACGCAGUACAUAUGGAAACCAUAUCCAUCUAAGAAAUGUGCUAAUGCUAAUGUCACCAAAGACUUCCAGAUAAACGUGUAGAUGCUGGUUUGAAGCACUGUUCUUUACACAUUUCCUUUAGGGAGUUCUUCAUACUCUCACAUGGCCACGGAAACACUAUAAAACAAUAUUUAAACUUUCCACAAUUAUUGUAAUGCAUGCCAAUGUGAUGCUUAUUUUUAUUUCAGUCAGCUGUUGGCUACUUGGUAAAGCACAGGUUUUUAAUUAUAAGGUCAUAUUUUGGUGCCCAAUGGUUUGACACAAGCUGUGCAAUAUAUUCCAAUAGAUGACUACCAUGUAAAGGAUUACAAUAUGUAGACAUGAUAUUUGUCAUGGGACUGUUUCCACUUUGUAUUAGAGUGCUGUCUGUUUACAACUCUUUAAAAGUAAAUUGUUGAAUUGCAUUAUAAUCAUCCUAAUCAUGCAAAGAAGUGGCUUUGACUCAUGUUUGAUCAUUUUCAAUGAGAAAAAAAUUCGCUUCAGUAAUGAAUCACAAAUUUGUCUUUGCCACAUUUUCUUUCAGAGACCAUAGAACAGCAUACUAGUACCUGCUUUCACGUACAAGCGUCUUCGUAAAAUGGCAUAGAACAGCGACAGGUUAUUCAAUUCUGGAAGGUGUUUUUUUUUGCUCACUGCUGCCGUUUUACUGUGGAUGUCUUUAGUCUGUCAAAACCUAUUUCUCCCCAGCGCAAUUGGAUUCCCAGACGUCCGUCCUAUAUUUAAAACCGUUCAUUAAUCCCUGGUUGCUGUUUCUCUUGUUGCAAUGAGAUGUUCUGUCCCUUGGCGUUCACAGGAGGGAGUUUCUGUAAACAGGUCUAGCGGCGUUCACACCGCCCUCUACAGGUCAAACAUAGAAGUGCCUGUGGUGUCGUUUAACUGCUGUUCCGUCCAGUAGAGUCGAGUGCAAUUUAUAUGGGGUCAGAACAGUUUCAUUAAUAAUGAAUGCACAGAGAAGGAUUUACAAAUGUAUUUUGUCUCUUCUCACAAAUACAUUUCAAUGCACACACAAAUGGAUAUUGGUAUGUAUAAAUGUAAAAUAAAUCCAUAAACAAAAAUAAGUUUCACAAACACAUCCACACGAAUGUGUCGUGUUUUAAAUGAAUCCAUGAAUAUAUUAAUUUAAAAAAUAUUUGCAAUUUUCAUCAAAUGUUACAUCCAAAUACAUUUUUGAUGAAAAUUACAAAUAUAUUUUUAAUUCAUAUAUUUAUAGAACAUUUAUUUUAAACAAGACACAUGUGUGGAUCAGAAAUGUGUUUGUGAAACUUAUUUGUUUAUGGAUUUAUUUUACAUUUAUACAUACCGAUAUCCAUGUGUGCAUUGUAAUGUAUGAGGAGUUAUUUAUAUAUAAAUCAAAUUACAUUUGUGAAUCCUUAUCUUUGCAUUCAUUAUUAAUACUGUUCUGACCCCAUACCUUUACGCUUUUAUUUGUUUUACCAAUUGGUCAUUUGAGUUGUCGUUCUUGCAAUACUGCAAUAAAGAGAAUAAAAUGUU